AUGUCAAAGAUACUGUAUACAUCUACCGGUGUCACGAGAACAGCUCAAAACUUCCUGACUUCAUCAUGUAGUCAUCGACCACAUCGACGUUUGUUAUCCUCGGUGGAACUGAGAACGCCCGUGUCCAGAAGAGCGAUGCUGUAUGUGCCAUGCUCUAAUCCACGUAUGAUCGAAAAGUCCUUUACUAGUCCGGCAGAUUCGAUAGCAUAUGAUUUGGAAGAUAGCGUCGCUCCUGGAAAGAAGGAUGAAGCUAGGAGGUUGAUCUCAGAGGUGUUGAACGGUGACAGGCGACCAAAAGGAGAGAUGGUAGCUCGUAUAAACGCUAUUGGAACAGGAUAUGAGGAUGAUGAUCUGAAAGCGGUUCUCCCUACAAAACACCUCCAGGCUAUCGCACUACCCAAGACCAACUCACCCGACCACAUCUCAUAUCUUAUCUCACGAAUCAACCAACUUGCACCUCCUCAGAAGCGGACCGGCGGUGAUCAACCGAUCAAGAUUAUAGCUAUGAUUGAAAGUGCAAGGGCGAUGAUUGAUAUUGAGCGGAUAGCGGGUAGUGGGAAAGGUCAUCUGGAUGCUCUGUUGUUUGCUGCUGAGGAUUACUGCGCCGAUGUCGGCCUGACACGUACACCCUCCCGGGACGAACUACUCUAUCCACGAUCAAAGCUUGUCACCACGGCCAAAGCAUUCGGAUUACAGGCUAUCGACUUGGUAUGUGUGAAUUACAAGAAUUCCGAUACGCUGAGGGAAGAAUCAGAAGAAGGCAGAAGGCUCGGAUUCGAUGGCAAGCAAGCGAUUCAUCCCAAUCAGAUAGACAUGAUCCAUCAAUCCUUCUCACCAAGUGAACAAGCCAUCCUGAAAGCAGCCCGUGUCAAGUUCUCUUUCGAGCUCCACGAUAAGCAAGGUAAAGGUGCGUACACCUUGGACGGACAGAUGAUAGAUGCGCCGGUGUACAAGCAGGCGAUCAAGGUGCUGGCUAAGGCUUAUGCGGCUGGAUUGAAAGUCCCGGAUGUACAUUUGGAGGAUAUAUGA